AUGUCGGACAGUCUGUACAAGAAUCCUCAAGUCAUCCUCUGUGACAUGUGUAUAGGGGAGGAUAGAAAACCAGCUCGGAAGACUUGCAUGAAAUGUGAGAUUUCCAUGUGCAUGCAGCACCUCCAGGCCCACCUGACCACUCCGGUGUUACUGCAGACUCAUCCUCUGACUGCGCCUGUAGCCUCAGGGGAUGGAGGCGUAGUCGGGACAACUAAAUGCCUCCAACACAGCAAAGUCUUUGAGUACUACUGCUUGGAUGACCUCAUCUCUGUGUGUGUUUCCUGCGCCAUAGAGGACCAGCACCGCCUACACAAUAUGAAGACUUUUUCCACAGCACACAAAGAGCUCCUGGAAAAAGUCACAGCUGAGCAACAGGCCUUACAGGUAAAAACUAAUGGUGAAGAUGUCAGUCUGGAGAAGUGGGAGAAGAAGGAGAGGGAGAAGCUGGGUCGCUCCAGUGUUCGACUCAUUGAAGCUGUUACUAAUCUGCGUGACCUUGCACUGACCAGUGUCCAGAGUUCAGUCUCUGCUCGUAUGGUGUCUAUGAAAACCAGUUUGACCAGCUUGCAAACAGCAAAGACUGAGGAGGACACUGUCAGAUUCCUGCAGAUGUAUUCUCAGGUGCAUCAGGAUUUGGAAAAGGCCAAUGCUGUGGAUUUAAGAAAAGGGUUGGAACCUGGUGAUGAUCGUGAUAAAUUGGUUAAAGAGAUAAAAGAGAGAGGUGAGAAAAUGAUUGAGCAGGCCAGUCGUUUCUGGGGAUCCCUGUUGACUCAUGUUGACCCAGAGAACCACCAGGAGCUUGGAUCAUUUAGUUCAGACCUGAUCUUUGAACCACAGUCUUUGGGCCAAGGCGUGACACUGUCUGUAGACCGCAAGAAGGUCUUUUACAGUGGUCACCUGGGGAAAAGUGUUCUACUCCUUCAGAAUAUGAGACCCAUCACAGAUUUAACGGUUCACAGAUGGGGAAUCAGCCUCUCUAAAGACUUUGACUGGACUAUUGGUUUAUGUGACAAGAGAUAUGCACAGGAUUCCAAUUAUGGACAAGUCUAUGGAUUGUGUUGUGAAGGUAACCAGCUCAGCUCCCUCGUGACAGACUGUGAAGUGGCUUCUGCAACAACGUUUGAGAGAGAUUACAAUGCAGCUCUGAAAUCUUUUCACUUUGGGCUGCAAACACCAGGCGCUAAACGACAAAAGGUUUCACUACAGGUUGUUCAUUCUCCUGGUGGAGCUAUUGAGAAACACCUGACCAGACCAGAAAAAGUGGAAGUGGAAUGGAGCCAUCCUAAUUUGUUAUCCUUUUACAACCUGACUGGACCCCACCAGAGAAAAAAAAUCGUCACAAUAAAAACCAAGUCCACUAACCAGGUACUCGCUACUUUUGUUAGCCUGGAGAUGGGAAAGUUACAAAAAAACUUGGCUCGGGUAUCUGGUGGUUUAAAUUUUGGCAUAGCUGUUCAACAACAACCACAGGAGGGGUGGAAAUGCUUGUGUGGGAAAGUGCAUCAUGGGAGAUAUGAAGGUAGCAUUAACCGUCCCUCUCAUCGUAAAACCUGUGCUUGUGGACAGAUUAUUGGAGUCCCACAAAUCACAGAGAUACUUUGUGAACUUCUCUGA